AUGCCAUUGGCACUCAACGCCGACCCAUGGCGCCGAAUGGAAUUAGCACACGAAACAGAAGCUGGGAGUACAGAAGACAUGCUUGUGGAUGACCAGGGUGACUCAGAAAAUGAAGUUGAAAUCACCAGUGUCACCAAGAGUGGGGAGAAGGCAGACCCAGGUCAGUUUGAGUUACUGAAAGUGUUGGGCCAAGGAUCAUUCGGCAAGGUGUUCCUGGUAAGGAAGAUAUCAGCUCCUGAUGCUGGCACCUUAUAUGCCAUGAAAGUCUUGAAGAAAGCAACAUUGAAAGUUCGUGAUCGACAAAGAACAAAAAUGGAGAGAGAUAUACUGGCAGAUGUUAACCACCCAUUUAUAGUCCGGCUUCAUUAUGCAUUUCAGACAGAGGGCAAGUUAUAUCUUAUUUUGGAGUUUUUACGGGGAGGUGACUUGUUUACCAGAUUGUCAAAAGAGGUGAUGUUCACAGAAGAGGAUGUAAAAUUUUAUCUGGCAGAAUUAGCCUUGGCACUUGACCACCUGCAUGGGUUAGGAAUUAUCUAUCGAGAUCUCAAGCCAGAGAACAUUUUACUAGAUACAGAGGGUCAUAUAAAACUGACAGACUUUGGUUUGAGUAAGGAGUCCAUUUUUGAAGAGAACAAGACCUACUCUUUUUGUGGUACAGUUGAAUAUAUGGCUCCUGAGGUUGUCAACAGGAAAGGUCAUGGGACUCCCACAGAUUGGUGGUCCUAUGGGGUACUAAUGUUUGAAAUGCUAACUGGAGCAUUGCCUUUCCAAGGCACAAACAGAAAAGAAACAAUGACACAGAUUCUGAAAGCAAAACUUGGAAUGCCUCCCUUCUUGAGUCCUGAAGCUCAGAGUUUGCUGAGAGCACUGUUUAAACGAAAUCCUAACAACAGAUUAGGGUCUGGCCCACAUGGAAUAGAGGAAAUGAAACGGCAUCCCUUUUUCAGCACAAUUAAUUGGGUGAAACUGUUCAAGCGAGAGCUACAGCCUCCGUUCAAACCUGCAGUUGUGCAGACAGAUGACGUUUUCUACUUUGACAAAGAAUUUACUUCUAAGACUCCCAAAGAUUCACCUGGUAUGCCACCAAGUGCGACCGCCCAUGAGCUGUUCCGAGGGUUUAGUUUCAUAUCACCAGCAUUAUUAGAGAAUGAAAAUCCUUCACCUCCAGAGCAUGCUGUCGUCAAUAACAAUGGUCUGUCAAAGCUUCCUGGUGUUAAAAUCUCACCAUUCAGUGAUGACUAUGAGUUAAAAGAAGACAUUGGAAUUGGCUCUUAUUCUGUCUGUAAGCGAUGUAUUCACAAAGUCUCAGGGAGCAGCUUUGCUGUGAAGAUAAUGGAUAAAGACAAAAGAGAUCCUUCAGAAGAGGUUGAGAUUUUAUUACGGUUUGGACAUCAUCCUAAUGUGAUCACUCUAAGAGAUGUUUUUGACAAUGGAAACAAAGUGUACCUAGUUACAGAACUAAUGAGAGGUGGUGAACUGCUAGACAAAAUACUACGACAAAAGUUUUUCUCUGAACGGGAAGCCAGUGCUGUUCUACAGAUAGUGGCCAAAACUGUGGAAUAUUUGCAUUCACAUGGGGUUGUUCACAGAGAUCUCAAACCCUCUAACAUUUUAUAUGCUGAUGAUAGUGGUUCCCCAGACAGUCUUCGUAUCUGUGAUUUUGGCUUUGCCAAGCAGCUGAGGGCAGAGAAUGGCCUCCUUAUGACUCCUUGUUACACAGCAAACUUUGUUGCUCCUGAGGUAUUGAAGCGACAAGGCUAUGAUGCAUCAUGUGAUGUAUGGAGUCUUGGUGUUUUGCUGUACACAAUGCUGGCAGGUCACACACCAUUUGCAAACGGCCCCAAUGACACACCAAAUGACAUACUUGCCAGAAUUGGAGAGGGCAAAUUUUCAUUGGUUGGAGGCAACUGGGACUCCGUAUCUCCACAGGCAAAAGACCUUGUCAAACGAAUGCUGCAUAUCGACCCACAGAACAGGCUAACAGCUACUCAAGUACUUAACCAUCAUUGGGUCUCACAAAGAGACUCGUUGCCACAGUUCAGACUUACAUUGCAAGAUGCACAGCUGGUUAAGGACUCCGUUGCUGCUACUUUUAAGGCUUUGAAUGCCCAGAAUCUUAAACAAGCCACAUUAGAACCUGUAGGUGCUUCCAGGCUGGCCCAGCGACGUGGGAAAGUUAGACCAAAAAGUUCAACAGAAUUAUAA